UGCAAUGUGUGUGUUGUGCAUGUAUUGUUUCUCUGCAAAAUGGACAUGAUCAGGAACGGAAGGGUUUUGCCGAGAAUAUGGCUAGUUUUUGCCAUGUUUUGCCUGUCGGCAUUGGUUUUGUCACCUGGAGCAUCGUGCAAAAAGAAAGAGGAGGUUUUAGGUGAGAAAGUGAAGCAGUUAAUGGAUUGGAGCAACAAACGCUUUAUAAUCCGAAUGAAUGGAGAGAAGUUUCGACAAUAUGUGAAGACGUCUCCACGGAACUACUCUGUUGUCAUCAUGUUGACAGCAAUGCAACCUCAGCGCAAGUGUACUGUGUGUCGGCAGGUGAAUGAUGAGUUCCAGAUCUUGGCCAACUCAUGGCGUUACUCUCAGUCCUACUCUAACAAACUAUUCUUUGCUAUUGUGGACUAUGACGAAGGUCAGGAUGUGUUUAAAUUGCUCAAGACAACCUCUGCCCCGAGUAUUAUCCAUUUCCCACCCAAGGGGAAGCCCAAGAAGGGUGAUACAUUCGACAUCCAAAGAGUUGGAUUCCAAAGUGAACAAAUGGCAAAGUGGGUCAGUGAACGAACCGAUGUCCAUAUCCGCAUAUUCCGACCACCAAACUACUCUGGUACUAUUGCUCUGGGUAUACUACUUAGUAUGAUUGCUGGAUUCUUGUACUUCAGACGUAACAAUCUGGAGUUUCUCUACAACAAAACCAUAUGGGGAGUAGUUUCCUUGUGUAUUGUUUUCGCCAUGACUUCAGGCCAGAUGUGGAAUCAUAUUCGAGGUCCGCCAUAUGCCCACAGAAACCCACAGACUGGACAAGUGAGCUACGUUCAUGGUAGCAGCCAAGGUCAAUUUGUUGCAGAAACUCACAUCGUCAUCUUGCUUCAUGCUGCGGUUACAGUUGGAGUUAUUCUGCUCAACAAGAAUGCAAUCACAGAGGGGGACAACAGAAAAAGACGAGUUGUGACAGUCAUCGGCUUGGUAAUGGUGGUGUUCUUCUUCAGUCUACUGCUGUCAGUAUUUAGAGCCAAAUACAAGGGUUAUCCAUAUAGCUUCUUAAUUAAGUAACUCAAUGAAGAUGAGAGUGACUACACGACAAAGACUAAAGCGCAGUAGAAGAGACAUUCAAGCUUGGUCUAGCAUCAGUUAUAUAAGAGUAUAACAGAGAUCCUCAGGAUGUGGUCCUCAAGUCUGGAACAUUGGCAUGCCUUGUAUUUUAGGGUACUUGCUUAUAUGGGAGCAAUAUAUAUCUACAAUGCACAUACCCCAUAAUGAAACAUGUACAGCAGCAUAUGCGCGAACUUACUGUACACAAUCUAGGUGAUUGGUGUUGGAUGGUUCAUUGUUGUCUUUGAGACUGUAACCAUUCAGUUCCUCUCAAUUUUAAUAUGCAUUUAUGUUUCACUUUAUAGGAUAAUAAAUUCUUUUUUUAAAGUUCCUUUGGUUUUAAAAAAAUUGAUUAACCUAGUUAAGUUUUUGUUCAGUCAUAAUGUAAAUUGUUAUUAACCACUGCGGGUGGUAUUCCAAGACUUUGUUUUUAGAACUUUUUGGAGCAAACAUUUUCCUCUGAAAAAAAUCUUUGGAAAAGCAACAAAGGUUCUCAUAAUAAGAACAGGGAUUUAUUAUUCCCUUUUGAGAACAUGCAAAUAUGCAUUCAGUUCACCAUACAUUGCAAAAUUGAGGGCACUCCAAAGUUGUUUCUGGCAGUAAAAACAAUUUGUAUUUAUAUACAUCAUCCGACGUGAAGUGUUUAAGUAAGUGUACAGUGGUCGAUAUAAAUCAAUGUUUGACAUUUUUGUAACAACGAAACAAUGUUAUUUAAAUUUAGAGUUGCACAUGACGACUUUGAUUUUUAUAAACUGCACAUAAGUUGUGUUUUGUGAACUAUUGGUGAGGUUAGUAAUUAGUUGGAGCUAAAACGCUAAAUAAAGCAGAUUACAUAUAUUCA